AUGUAAUAAACACCUUCAGAUGAAAAAAGAAACUGUCAAAUAAUUUCCUUAGAAAUUGUUUUACAGCUUAAUCCAUAUAAUAAAAGAAAUUUCAAGCCAAACACUGGAAGAGAUGUCAGAAGAUUCGGAAAAGGAAGAUUAUUCAGAUAGAUCAAUCAGUGAAGAAGAUGAAUCAGAUGAGGAUGCAUUCUUGAAAUUUGUAAGUGAAGAUAUUCAUCACUGUACACUUAUAACAGCUGACACAAUUGGUGACUCAUUCUUCCCCCGGACUACGCAGCUACUAUUGGAAUAUCAGCUAGGGAGAUGGGUGCCACGUCUUCGUGAACCACGAGAUUUAUAUGGUGUCUCUUCCUCUGGUCCACUGAGCCCGACACGGUGGCCAUACCACUGUGAGGUCAUUGAUGAAAAAGUCCAUCAUAUUGAUUGGACUCCUUCUUAUCCUGAGCCAGUGUAUAUCCCAACAGGCCUAGAAAUGGAACCCCUUUAUCCAGACUCCAAGGAAGAUACUAUAGUUUAUCUAGCUGAAGAUGCUUAUAAAGAGCCCUGUUUUGUGUAUUCUCGAGUUGGGGGCAACCGAACACCCUUGAAGCAACCUGUGGAUUCCUGUGACAACACUUUGAUGUUUGAAGCAAGGUUUGAGAGUGGUAAUCUACAGAAGGUAGUCAAAGUGGCAGAAUAUGAAUACCAGCUGACUGUGCGCCCUGACCUCUUCACAAAUAAACACACCCAGUGGUACUAUUUCCAAGUCACUAAUACCCAAGCAGGAGUAGUCUACAGAUUCACAAUUGUCAACUUCAUCAAGCCUGCUAGUCUUUACAAUCGGGGUAUGCGCCCACUGUUCUAUUCUGAAAAGGAGGCCAACACUCAUCAAAUUGGCUGGCAGAGAAUAGGAGACCAAAUCAAGUAUUAUAGGAACAACCCUGGGCAAGAUGGGCGCCAUUAUUUCUCUCUUACAUGGACAUUUCAAUUUCCACACAACAAAGAUACCUGCUACUUUGCUCACUGCUAUCCCUACACUUACACCAACCUGCAAGAAUACCUUUCUGGUAUCAAUAAUGACCCAGUACGGUCAAAGUUUUGUAAAAUACGUGUUUUGUGCCACACGCUUGCUAGGAACAUGGUGUAUGUUUUAACAAUCACUACCCCUUUGAAGAACACUGACUCAAGAACCCGAAAGGCCGUGAUUUUGACUGCAAGGGUCCAUCCAGGGGAAACCAACAGCUCUUGGAUUAUGAAAGGCUUCCUAGAUUAUAUUUUAGGAGACUCAAAGGAUGCGCAGUUGCUUCGGGACACUUUCAUCUUCAAGGUGGUACCCAUGCUGAAUCCAGAUGGUGUGAUUGUGGGAAAUUAUCGGUGUUCCUUAGCUGGACGGGAUUUAAACCGUAAUUAUACGUCUGUCAUGAAGGAAUCUUUUCCUUCUGUAUGGUAUACCCGGAACAUGAUCCGUAGAUUGAUGGAGAAACGAGAGGUUCUUUUAUAUUGUGAUAUUCAUGGCCACAGUAGGAAAGAGAACAUCUUCAUGUACGGCUGCAAUGGUACCGAGAAGUCUAAAGCACUGUACUUACAACAACGAAUCUUUCCACUUAUGUUGAGCAAAAAUUGUCCUGAUAAAUUUUCAUUCUCAGCUUGCAAAUUUAAUGUUCGGAAAAGCAAAGAAGGAACAGGAAGGGUAGUCAUGUGGAAAAUGGGAAUCAGGAACAGCUUUACCAUGGAAGCCACCUUCUGUGGAUCUACCCUGGGUAAUAAACGAGGCACUCAUUUCAGCACAAAAGACUUUGGGUCAAUGGGAUACCAUUUUUGUGAUUCUCUCUUGGACUAUUGUGAUCCCGACCGCACCAAGUAUUAUCAGUGCCUGAAAGAAUUAGAAGAAAUGGAAAAACGUAUGAACUUGGAAAAGAUCUGUGAGGAUUCAGAUAAUUCUAUGAUAGAAAUUACAUUGGAUCUAGAGUCUAGUAGCCGAGGCUCUGACAGUUCAGAAUCCAAUGACUCUCCGACUUCUCCUCCCAAUUUAACUUCUCAGAUAAAAACCAGGAAAAAAUAUCUUAAGACAAAGAAAGAAAGGAAUUCUGCCAUAGCAAGCCACCAAAAUGACAGGGAAGAAGAGGUGUAUGACAGAGGAAUUUUACUGCAAAAACAGAAAGAGUCCAUUUCUGAUGUGAAAGAUAAAAGGCCAAAUGACCCAGAUGAGUAUUUAGUUGAUUAUUUCAGAAGACACUUGCCUGAUCAAGGUUUGGAUCUGCAUCACAACUUAAAAAGCAAAAUGAAAGAAUGCACAUCUUUCCAAAGCAAGAAGACUGGCAUAAAUUGGACAGAUGAUGAGAAAAGAAUCUACAGGAAUAACAGAAUAGUUCAAACUCAAGCAAUAUUGCAAUAUUUGCUCCCUAUCACUGAUAGUACUAAAAACAUCCAAACCACUCAGAUAAAACAGCCAUUCUAUCCAAGAACCAACUUCUAAAUCCAAAAUCAACCAAAGCCAGCUACUUGCAUAAAUAUAAAGAGAUACAGCCUAUCCUGGACACCACCCAGAAACCACCCUUUUAUAACCCAAAGGAAUCUUAUGCCAAACUCUUCAGAAUGGCUCCAGUCUAUACCGAAUAGGUCAUUUGAAAGUAUGUCACUUCUCAAAAGCCCCAAGAAGAGGAAAAAACAUUCUCCAAUAGAGGCCACAAAGAAUGAAGACAUGAAGCCUCUCAGUAGCAAACGGGAGACUGCUCCUUCAAGUUUUGAAGUAGAUGCAAAUAUUAUAAAAAAUGAGAGUCUUCAAGCUGAAGAACCCAACCAGCAAAGCCCUAGGCACGUAUCCUCCCAUCUAACUAAAAAUAAGGAUGAACAGCUAAAUAAGAGUGAUGAACAGCCCCUCUUCCAUCUGAAGUUGGAAAGAAACAGUUAAUCUGGCUUGUGUGCUGUUCUAUAAACUGUGGAUGAAAGAUAACAUAUGCCUACACAGUAAGCAGGAAACAAGCCCGCCCCUCCCCCUUCCCUAGUCCUCCUCCUCCACACGCAUAUGCUAAAUUACAAAUUCUACAUAUCCCA